AUGCCUAGCAUUGCUCGCAUGCCGGUGACUGUCAAUGUCACGACGAAGAGAAGCAUUGUAAGCUGCGCGGACCCUGUUGCACUCGACGCCUCGAUGUCGGCCUGCGCUGGCAGUGAUCCACUCAAAGGUGAGUUGCCAGGGAAGAAGAAGAAGGCGAGGACAAUCCGGUCUGAGCUUCUCGUGUCUUCUGUCUCUUCAAAAACGACCAUCAAGCUUCAUCAGCUGCCAAGUCCUUCUUAUCUGAACGAGUGCCUACUGCAAAGGUACGGAGCAAAGUCGAAGGUGGUGGAUUUUUUUGCUGGAUCAGGUUGGGAUGGACUCGUCCCGCAGGUUGAUCCCCUCUAUCAUCUUCCAGAGAAGAGACAGCUCCGCAAGCGAGGACAGCUAAUGAGCAUGUUACGAGCCAUCUCCGUCAUGAUCUUGUCUGCCCCCUCCCAGGGCACCUCCAAGCGGCUCGUAGAUUUCUGCGGGGGCGCAGGUCAUGUCGGGUUGCUGGUUGCUUACCUCUUCUCGGAAUGGGAAGUUGUGUGUGUCGACCGCAACCCUAUCAGUAUUGACUUGGGGAUCCGUCGAGCACAGGAAGCGAGUUUGUCCAAUUUUCGGACUGUCUUAGGAGACGUGCUGGCAUAUGAAGAGAACUUUGACAUCGGCACUUCUCUGCACGCGUGCGGAGCAGCUUCAGAUUAUGCAAUCAAGAUGUGCGAGAAGCGUUCUGCUGGCUUGAUUGUGGCUUCCUGCUGUGUCGGGAAGAUCUGUGCGAUUAGCAAACGAGCCCGAGAAAGCGACAGCCCCGAGCAGCUUCUAUGGAAACAGCCAAAGAGCCUUGAGCUUCAAACUUCGCUCGCAGAACAUGCUCGUGCGACUACUGGAAAAGAAGAUCGUGAUUUCAUGGAUCACUGCUUCGACAAGCUGACCAGAUUUGCUGACUCAUCUGAAUCCACCCACUUCACAUCACUUGCAAAAUAUUUGGUCGAGUUGGACCGGCUCAAGGCAGUUGAGGAUCGCGGGUAUACUGGAGUUCUCUGUAAAAUGGAACCCACUUCUUCAACUCCCAAGAACGACAUCGUGAUCGCCUGGCCACCUCAUUUCAACAUCGACAAAAAUGCUUUCGGAGAAGUCAGAAUUGUAGAGACACAACCAACCUAG